AUGGCUGUUCGUGUACCUGGAAUGGUUCACGCCAAGGAGAUCUUCAAGCGCUCUCUUUUGAGAAGGAACCUAUUACCUUCAGCAACAAUGACUGAUGUUCCAAAGGGCCACUUUGCAGUUUAUGUUGGCGUGAAUGAAAAGAAGAGAUUCAUUGUUCCAAUAUCCUACUUGAACCAUCCUUCAUUCCAAGAUUUGCUCAAUAAGGCUGAGGAAGAGUUCGGGUUCAAGCACCCAACAGGUGGUCUGACAAUUCCUUGCAAAGAAGAAACCUUCAUUGGUCUGGCAUCUCAAUUGAGUGGCUAAUGCGAGGAGGAAUUUAAGAUCAACUAUUCCAGUCAAAGGAAACAUGGGUUGGCUCAUUGUCUUCUUUACUGCAAUCAGGAUUGCAGUUUCAAAUCACAGAUUCUGAGCAAAAAGGAAGACAUUAUGUUCAAGCUGAAAGGGAAGCAGGUUGGAAUUACUUUAGGACCAAUCUCUCCAACAAUUUUGCAAAGUAUUUUUACUUGCCUCUGCAAUGUAAAUUUUCGUCUGUACAGGAUUAGGGAGUAAAAUCA